AUGUCCCGUCGCCGCGCGGCGCCCGCCCCCGCGACCGACGACACGCGUCGGGACGCGCCUCUCCAGGCCGUGGUCUUCGCCGACUCGUUCACGCAGACGUUCCUCCCGCUCACCCUCGACGUGCCCAAGGUGCUCCUCCCACUGGCCAACGUGCCCAUGCUCGAGUACGCGCUCGAGUUCCUCGCGGCGUCGGGCGUUGCCGAGGUGCUCCUUUUCUGCACGCGGCAUUUCGACCAAUUAGAAGCGUUCGUCCAGCGCCAGUCCCAAGUCGCGCACCGGCUACUUGUCACGUGUGUCUCGAGUCCCACAUGUCGCACGGCCGGCGACGCCUUGCGGGAGCUCGACCGCUGCCAAUUGGUCCAGAGCAAUCCCUUCGUUCUCAUGAGCGGCGACGUGGUAGCCAACGUGGACUUGCCCGCGGCGAUCCGAGACCACAAGCGCCGCGCGAAAGCGGACAGUAGCUGCAUCAUGACGAGUCUGUUCAAGCAGUUGCGACCCAGUGGCGCGACCAGUGUCCGGCCGCUGGACGACGCGCUGAUUGUGGGCGUUGACGCCGGGACGUCGCAGCUCGUGCUGUACGAGAACGAGCGCGCGCGGACGAGCACGCGGCUGGAUACGUUGUUCCUGCAAGACCACGCCCACUUGGCGCUACGGCGCGACUUGGUGGACUGCUACAUUGACGUGUGCUCGCCCGAAGUGCUGCUGAAAUUCGCCGAAGAUUUCGACUACCAAGAGUUGCGACGGGAUUUCCUGCACAAUGAAGUGCAGAACUACGAACUGGGCAAGAAGUUUUACGUGAAGAUUGUCACGGACGACUUUGCUGCUCGCGUGAUGGAUCCUCGCACGUAUGCCGGCGUGUCGCAGGCGAUUGUGCAGCGCUGGGUGUUCCCCAUGGUGCCAGAGGCCAAUUAUCUUGGAGCAGGUGGUGUGACGCACUAUCAGUAUCUGCGUGGCAUGCGCUACAAGGACGUUGAUGUGGUGCUAGCAAGGACGUGUGAUGUGCAGCGAGAGUGUAUUUUGGGAGCUGGGACGUCCGUUGGGGAGCACACGCGUGUGCGGAAGAGUGCGAUCGGCAAGAAUUGUGUCAUUGGCGAGCACGUGACGAUUGACGGCAGCUACUUGUGGUCGAAUGUCGUGGUAGAAGAUGGAGCAGUUGUGACCAACGCCAUCUUGUGCGACAACGUCGUGGUGAAACGCGGGGCUGUGAUUGGGGAGGGGUGUCUGCUCUCGUUCGGUGUCGUUAUUGGCGAAGGUUUCUCACUGCCGCCAUUCACCAAAGUGACCAAGAGCUUUGUACAAGCAGAGGACGACGGGUUCUUCUCGGACGAAGAUGCGGAUCUAGUGGCAGAGGAAGAAGAGCCUGUUGGUGACGGUGGUGCACCUGCUCAGUGGGAUUCAAAGGAUGUCGGUGUCGGUGGUGUUGGCCGUAUUUGGACACUGGACGACGAUAACAUUGACGUGGAGUCAGAUAGCGAGGAUGACGAAAACAACGAGGAUGCGGCACGAGUGAAGAAGCAGGCACGUCAGCUAGAGAAACUGAAGUGCACUCUCAUCGGUGCGCGUGAUGUUGUAUCCAAGACGAUGCGCCGUUGGGAAGAGUGGGACACACUGAGCUCUUCUGGAGAAGAAGAUGACGAUGCUGACGACUUGUUGGCUGAGGCCAACGCAACAGUGCUGGAAGUACCGUUCCAGCAGAUUGUCCGUGAAAACGUGUGCACUGGUGACGCAGCAGGGCACAAUGUGGAUGAUCUGUUUAUGGAGAUCAAGAGCUUUAAGUUCGCGCAAAAUCGGUCGUUCGCCGAUGUCAUUAGCGCGAUCGUGCCGGGUCUUUUAGAUCUGAUCCCGUCAGGCCAGGAGCUGUCGGCGAUGACUAUCUUGGGCCAUGUGCGAACAAAGUUCCAGAAGUGGAGCUCGGUCAUUCAGCGCUGUAUCGUGGAGCAGGAGGACCAACUCGCUGUGGUGAAUGCUCUCGAGAGCUAUUGUGCAGCUCCAGAGGAACGCCGGACGUUGUGGCUUCCAUUGUUCCGCUUUUUGUUGCAGACUGUGUACGACUUGGAGUGGGUCGGAGAGGACGUGAUUUUGGAGUGGCACAAGACCAUGCAGGCUAGUGAAGCUCCUGUUGAUGCGCUUACAGCUGCGUCAAAGAAGGACGUGCAGGAGUUUAUUGACUGGCUGCAGCAGUCCGAUGACGAUGAAAGCGGUGAUGACGACGAGUCCGACAAGGAUUCGGACCAGUAA